UUCAUUCUACAUCUGGAUAUAAAUUUUGAAGACUACAAUUUGUUUAAUAACGAUGAAAAGGGAAAUCGUUUGACUACUAAUUAUUCAGGUUGGUCUAAAGCUUAUUGAAAUUUGUCCAAUUAGUUAUUGAGAGCGUAUCUUUACAUUUUUCUAUAGCUUAUUGACAUUCGAGCCAAUUCAUAUCGUUUACAACCGAAAUAUUCGACAGUCGGAGAUAUGCGUAUUAUAAAGAAAGUUUCCCAAUCAAAAGUUAAAUGUUAAAGUUAUAAACUAUAUCUCAGAUUAAAUUGAAGAGCAUUUAAAUAAAUAUUCAAAAUUUAAUCUAAAAUAAUCUCGGCGAGUGACUUAAUCUACGUGUAGACUCCGUUUACUAGACUUAAUCAUAAUUCUGAAGGAAUUAAUUUAAAUUUUGUGAAAUGUUAAUUUGAAAACCUUAGCCAAUUAGUCGGAACAAAAUUAUUCUUAAUUGGUGUACAACAUAAUAAGAAAAAUUGUGUCAAGCAGAAGAAAAAAUGGGUUGACAAGAGUUAACCAUCGAUAUCAACAAACAAUUCAACGACACUGACGAUUGAACUUUAGAAAUGGAAGAAGACAACAAAUCCGAAAAGAAAACACCGAUGCUGUCAGAGACAAUACUUGAAGGAAACAAUGGAGCUGUUGAGCAUAGAUUUGUAGUUGAUAUGUGAAACAAUGUGAUCAAAGUGGGCUAGGAGGAACUGUACGUCAUUUAAAUGAAUCUACUAGUGACAACAAAAAAUUGAAAAGUGGAUAACUCCCGCAAUCCGUGUUUAUUUUUUAGUAGUGCUAGUAAAGUUUUAGAUUUUAAUCAUUUAGUUUUAGAAUUAGUAUUUUCUAAUCAUCAUGAGUACAGUGUUGUUAAUGGCCGAUACUUGGCAACCUACCGUUCUAAGGUUGGUACCAUUUUCCAAUAAUAACGCUCGAUCUCCAGAUAAAAAAGGUUUAACCAAAGGAUCAAUGAGUGCUCGUAAUUUUCCGGUUCUAGCUGUUACACGGAGUUCUGCAAACUCAGACUCAAGGUCGGAAUCGAAAUCUGUAAAUUCACACAGGUCAGAAAUGGCAGACGAUAUUUCCGUGUUUUCUGAUGCAAAUUAUUCAGAAAUAACUACAAAAACUAGUUACCUAGAUCAACCUCUAACACCCAGUGGACACCGUAAGAAAUACGCCAAGAAAAAAGUUCCAGAAGUGUACUCUGAUAUGAAAGAAGCCAUGAAAUUUAGUGUUCAGGAUUUAAAUGAUCAAAUAUCAUCAUCGUCAUCUUUGCAUUCUUCAGAGUACAAAGAUGACAGCAAAGAUAAAUACAGUAAACUCGACAAUACUCGGACUAAGCUUCCAAAGCCGAGUAUAUGUUCAUCGCCGGAUUCACGGUUCUGUUCACCUAUAAAUGGUGUUCGGCGAUCUGUACCACUUACUCCGGGAGAAAUGGAACUACAAAGAGUACGUGAGAGUUAUUGCGCUGAACAGAUUCAAAAACGGAAAAAAUAUAAACUAAAUAUAAAUCAAUUACCACGGAGCACAACUCCGAUUAAUGACCAUGAUCCAGAUAAACUGAAUAUGAAACAGGUCAUUGCAUUUCUUCAGACAAAAAGUUCAAAAGAUACACAGAAAAAGAUCAUAAAUGAUAAGAGGGCAUACCUUACUUCUUCCAACGGGAGAAAUCCUUCGCGGGGAAGAACAACUAAUUGCUUGCCAGGUUCACCAAAAGUAGUAACAUAUGAAAACGACAGCGUUCCUACCAUUUCUCGUUCAAAUACGGUUAUCAAGGAAGAUAAACUGGACCCUGAUAAUACAAGAACAACUAAUGGUUGUGUUUCUGUGAUGUCGACGAAAAGUACACCAAAUUUUUCAUCCAAUUUGAAAUCUGGAAGAGAUUCUAAGAUAUCGAGCACAACAAGUGUUAAGUCUUUUAAAGAAAGAUCAAAAGAUCGCAAACAUUCCAAACAUAAACCUAUGAAAGAGUUUAAGUUAUAUAGGUUCCUUGCAGUCGCACCUGAUGGUCGAGCCGAACGUCUAGCAACAUCGUUCACUGAUUCUGUUCCGGUCGUCGAGUCAACUGUGUUAAGGACGGAAACUUCAAAACAUACGGAUACACCUCGGAAAAUUUUACGCAGAAGGAGUAACAGAGAAAUUGGUACCGCACAUGUUUUGCACAGACAUGCGUCUAACAGAUCAGCGACUACUCCACCUAAAGUAGAAACUCAAGACAGUUUUGUUGAGGAACAAAAUAAAACUAUAAGACUUCCAAUCAUGCCAAAUGGAGAAAAUGACACGGCGGAUAUAGAUUCAGAUUCUUGCUCAACUACUUCCGCAACUUGUAAUUCAGUGCAAAAUAGUUCCUCAAAAGAAGAUCGUAGUAAAUAUCCAAAGAAAGGGCAAGGCGAUUGCCCUUACAUGAAAACCUAUUCUCAGGAAAUAGUCCGUCUUACAUUAAGACAUGAAAAGGGUGCUACACGCUUCAAUAGUUACAUGAGUGAUAUUCAGCAAGGACAACCCUCGCAUUGGCAUGAACAAUAUUCAAACAGUAAUGAUGACGACAUGCCACAUGGAAAUGUGACGUCAUUUAAAUAUGUGAACUAUCAUGAGGGGAAACAGUGGUUGGACAAUUCCAAACAUCUCCUAAAUAACAUCUCAAACAAUAGCUUCAUUAAAGUUAGAGAAAAACUAAGGGAGACAAAUACGUGAAAUUCAAAGGAAAAAAAACUUCUUAAAAUUAUUUAUGAAAAUGGGUGCUUUUAGAUUUGUAAAGAAAAACACUUUGCUUGUUAGAAGUUUAUGUUAUAGUUUAGAAAUGAAAGCAGUCAAUGUACUUUUUAUGAAUCAUUAUUUACAAUACAACAUAAAAUUUUGGAGGUUUUCUCCAUAUAUUAAAAGUACAAUUGUUUCUAGACAACAAUCCUUAAUUGUUAUAAUUACUCUAAAAAUAGUGCAAGCAUAGUUAUUUAGUCAUGAUCUACUCAAGGCUAGCGUUCGUGAUAUAGAUGAUACAUGUCAUUAGCUGAACCAUUGAAAUUCACUGAUUUACAUCUUAUUUGGUGCAUAUUCUAAACAGUGAGCAUACUCGCUCACAAAUAUACCUCUUAGGCUCACUAAAUACUUUAUUGUGAUAUUCAAAUUUUAUAAUCUGUAGCAGUCAUGAAAAGUUAAAUGGAAUCUCUAUUCUACACUGAAAAAAGAAAGAAAAUAACGUCAAUGGACUGCAAAGUUAGGCCUAAAUUCCACAUCCUUUUCUGAACACAGACCCUCUAAAAGAAGGUAAUUUAAUUAAUGUCUAAUCACUGCUACAUUAACAAAAUAUCAAAUAAAAUCAAAGACAGAAAAAGUUAUGUUCCGUACAAUAACAUAAAACAAUUUAUAAUAAUGCUUAUUCUGAAAUUUUGAUUGGCUUCGGCUUUUUAUAUACUAUGCCGUAUAUACCGUAAAGAACGCAAAUCGUACGAAUAACACACUUUUUU